AUGGAGCCAGCGCUCUGCUACGAGUCCAGAAACGUCUCAUGUCAGAGGACCAUCUACCCCUUGCCCAUACGCAUCACCCUCUACCUGAUUCUGGGCAUCACAGUCAUCCUGACAGUGUGUGGAAACCUUUUGGUCACUGUCUCAAUCGCCUAUUUCAAGCAACUCCACACUCCAACCAACUACCUGAUUGCCUCUCUGGCUGUGUCUGACCUCCUUCUAGGAGUGUUGGUCAUGUUUCCCAGUAUGAUUCAGUGUGUUGAGACUUGCUGGUAUUUCGGCGACGUCUUCUACCGACACUAUGCCGUUUGUCAGCCUCUGCUAUACAGAAGAAAAGUAACUGUGAACGUUGUGUUGAUCAUGAUUCUGCUCAGCUGGAGUGUUUCAGCUCUCAUAGGCUUUGGGAUGAUUUUUCUGAAGCUAAAUAUUUGGGGGGUGGAGGAGUUCUAUUACAACCAUGUCGCUUGUGAGGGAGGGUGUGUCUUGUUUCAGAGUGGACUGUCGAGUACAGUCUCAUCAGUUCUUUCCUUUUACAUUCCAGGAAUAAUAAUGCUUGGCGUUUACCUGAAGAUCUUCCUGGUGGCGCAGAGACAGCUGCGCAGCAUACAGAACGCAGGAACAUUGACCACGAGUCAGACUAAAGCCACUAAAACACUCGCCAUCAUAAUGGGGGCGUUUCUUUCCUUCUGGACUCCUUUUUUUGUCUGUAACAUCAUUGAUCCUUUCAUCAGUUACUCAACACCAGCAGCGGUGUUUGAAACACUUGUGUGGGUGGGCUACUUGAAUUCCACUGUGAACCCUUUGAUAUACGCCUUCUUCUACAGCUGGUUCAGGAAGGCGUUUCGUUUAUUCACCUCAGGUACAGUCUUUAAAUCGGACAUUUCAGAGACGACGCUUUUCACAUAA